UGGAGGCGCGGAAUUUAGAGACGAACAAACUUCCGGCCAGCGCUUCCUGCAGCGAAGCCGCUAUUACUGUAAACAACUUGUGUUUUCGCGAUGAAUCGCAGCAGAUCGUUAGAUAAAGUGACCAGGGAGAAAAAAACAGAGAAAAAGAAACGCAGACGGUCUUCUUCCUCCUCCUCUUCCUCCUCCUCUUCUUCCUCCUCCAGCAGGAGCAGGUCGUCUAAGAAAGCUUCUCAUAAGAAGAAGAAGAAGACAGAUGGCAAAGAGCAACGAAAGAGGCGGAGGACGCGCUCCUCAUCUUCAUCAUCCAGCACAUCUUCAUCUUCCUCCUCCUCGAGUGAUGAGAAGAGAAAAAAGAAGAAGAGCAAAGCAAGAAAGAAAAAAUUGAAGAAGCAGAAGGCAAAGUUAAAGAAACAGAAGAAAAAGGAGAAAAAGAAGCUAAAGAAGGAGAAGAAACAGGAGGCAGAGGCAUUGCAGAGUCCUGCAGUCAAACCUUCAUCAUACCUGGAGCUGAUGCAGAAUAGAGAGGAGGAGGAGGAAGAAGAGGUGGAGCUCGGACCAGUCAUGACUGAUGAGCAGAAGGCCCGGCUCGCCACAAAGAGACCUCUAACUAAGGAGGAGUACGAGGCCAGGCAAAGUGUGAUCCGCAGGGUGGUGGAUCCUGAAACUGGAAGAACCAGGUUGAUGAGAGGAGAAGGAGAGAUCAUCGAGGAGAUAGUGACCAGAGAAAGACACAAAGAGAUCAACAAGCAAGCUACAAUGGGAGACGGGAAUGCCUUCCAGAGGAAACUGGGAAUGAACAGAUAGAAGAUAUAUAAGCUGCUUCUGUGAAUUUUUAAAUCAUUUGGAUUUAUUUUAAUAUGUUGUGAAGAUGUUUACAUUUGUUUGGACUGUUGACAUAUGUUUCUUUAUCUCACAUCACCUUGAAGACAACUGGUAUUAUAAAACACAAUAAAUCUGAUUUAAAUAUUCUA